UAUCCCCAGCUGGCUCCUUAUUUUUGACCACAAUGUUCAGAUCUUAAAUGAUUCCGCGACCACCAUGAGGACUCUGUGACAGCAUCCAUUCACUGUCAGAAUCAGACACAGUUCUGAAACAAUGAAGCUCACCGGUUCUGCCGUGGUCCUGCUGAGGGUGUUCUGCUGUUACGUCAUAGUGGCUUGUGUCGUAGCUGGAGGCAGGAAAAUAAAAGGAAACAAAGACGAUCAUGGCCGGAGGAUGAAAGACGAUCAUGUCAUCAGCUCAGUGUUCACGUUGUUUCACGGAGGUGAAGACACCUGUACACUGGAGCUAACACAGCUGCACUCGCUUGCGUCCUGCGGCUUCAACAGCAGCAAUCCCCUCAUCAUCAUCACUCACGGGUGGUCGGUGAACGGUCAGAUGGAGAGCUGGGUGAUGAGACUGGCCUCAGUGCUGAAAACACAACUAAAAGAAGUCAACGUAGUGAUCACUGACUGGCUGCUGUUGGCUCAUGAUCACUAUACCACAGCUGUACAGAGGACACGGACUGUUGGAAAAGACAUCGCUCACCUUGUGCAAACCCUGGAAGGACACUAUAAUUACCCGUACAGAAACGUUCAUUUGAUUGGUUAUAGUCUUGGUGCACACAUCUCCGGAUUCGCAGGCAGUUAUCUGGCGGGCCCAGAAAAGAUUGGAAGAAUUACUGGUCUGGAUCCAGCCGGGCCUCUGUUUGAAGGCAUGUCUGCGUCAGAAAGACUCUCUCCUGACGAUGCCGAGUUUGUAGACGCCAUCCACACGUUCACACACGAACGCAUGGGUCUCAGCGUGGGCAUCAAGCAGCCGGUUGCACAUUAUGACUUUUAUCCCAAUGGAGGAGACUUCCAACCUGGUUGUGCCCUGCGUCACAUCUACCACCACAUUUCUCAGCACGGGCUCCUGGGAUUUCAGCAGACAGUGAAAUGUGCUCAUGAGCGCUCAGUGGACCUUUUCAUCGAUUCUUUGCUGCAUGACGAUAAGCAGAGCACGGGCUACGGCUGCUGGAGCCACAGCGCCUUUGUCAAAGGUCUGUGUCUGGACUGUCGCAAGAACCGCUGCAACAAACUUGGCUACAACAUCAGGAAGGUCCACACAGGAACCAGCAGAAAGCUGUACUUGAAAACAGGCCGCCAGAUGCCAUAUAAACUCUUUCACUACCAGUUCAAGAUCCAGCUUGUUAACCAGACUGAGAGGGCGAAACCAGCACUCACCAUCUCCAUCACGGGAACCAACGAGGAGAGCGGAGACAUUCCCAUUUCCUUCAAUGAAGAAUUUUACAGACGCAAGACCUACACCUUCCUGAUCACCUUGGACAGAGAUCUGGGUGAGCUGAUGAUGCUCAGGAUGCAAUGGGAGGCUCAGCCUACGUGGACGAACAUGUGGGACCGAGUCAAGACCAUGAUGCCGUGGUGCACCCAAGGGAACAGUCCACUGCUGACUGUGGGCAGGGUCAGCAUCAAAGCAGGAGACACGCAGAGAAGGGUAUCUUUUUGUGCCAUGACAGAAGAAGAACAGCAGGUUGAAGUGAACAAAUCUAUAGUGUUUGUGCGCUGUAAGGAAGAGACGAAGAAGAAAAGAGAGGACAAGUAGCAGACAAUAAACAAAUACGGACGACCUGGAUGUUGCGGUAUGAAAAACAGCUGGACAAAUUUUCAGUUUCAAGAAAAUUCCCAAAAGCAACUGAUGGAAAACGAUCAUCCGUGGGCUGAGGUUCUGUCUCCACAAACUGAAAUAAAGUUUAAAGAAACCUCACAC